GUCAACGGUAUUAUUCAAUUUGAAAUGUUUUAGUUUUAAGCUUAUAAUUGCUAUUGAGUACCUAUAGUAUAAUAAACAAUAAUAGUAUGUUUAUGAGAAUUCAAUUAAAUGAAUGAACUGAAGUGAACAUAUUUAUGCCAAGAAACUUUGUCAACAUUUCGAAGUAUAGUAUUAUUGAGAUGCUAUUUAUUGAGUUUUAAAAGAUGAGCAACUUUGAAUUUUUAAUUCCUUUGAAUAAGGAUGAGCUUCUAGAAUCUCAUGCUGGGCAAUAUCAUGUUGAAGACGUUGUUCAACCUCGCAUGUUACUAUCGAAACUUCAAGAUGCUGCUCGAGGAUAUAACGCUGAUGGCAUUGAUUAUAUACUUGACCAUUUCGAUACUUAUUUCUCGAUUAUUGUCCACGGAACGAAGCUUGAGUGGAACGUUAUUAAUAAAGGAUUCGAUCAUGUUUUAAGAACUGUGAAGAAUCUUUGUACUCAUUUGGAACCCAUACUUCAAGAAAAAACAAUUGAUAGUGACAUCAGAGUCAAAAACCUGAAUAUUGUUAAAAUGGUUAUGUAUUUAUUUUCACACAUCAUGAAGACUAAGGAUGCUAAACUGGCCGCUGAUAAUUCUACUAAGCUAACUCUUGGUAAGAAGAACAAGAAAGCGGCUGAUGAUGAUGAGUUCUGUGGCUGGACAGAAUCCGAUAAACAGUCUGCAUUAGUAACUCUGCACUUACUCCUACAACAACCACUACCACAUUUAUGGGACCCUCCGCUGGCGGAGGAUAAUUUUGUUUCUAUGGUCGCAGAACCUUGCUACAAGGCCUUGGAAGAGCAGAUAAUUAAAAACAAAAGUGUGAGAGAAACAGUCUUUCAAAUAUUAGGAGUUCUAAUUAAGAAAUAUAACCAUGGAACGUCAUGUCUAAUAAAAUUAGUACAGGUUCUCCAAAUGGUCGAGCACUCAGUGUCACCAAUAUGUGCGGGAGUUGUACAAUUGACUAAAGAUUUUGGCCUGGGAACGUUUGGACCUCAAAUGGUUAGAGAAAUAGCCGAGGCUCUCGCCUCCACUGAGGCAGACAACUGUGGAACAGAACAGGGGGCUGCCAAGAAUUGUGGUUCAUUCUUAUUAGAACUCACAAAAGAAUUGCCCAAGGAAAUGGCCAAUGCUAUAGCAACUAUACAGCCAUACUUAGAGAGUGAUGAGUCAUACACAAUACGUAUCAGUGUGCUUGGUAUGAUGUGUGAGGUGUUGAGUGUGGAGCUCAAGGGAGAAGGACUCAGCGACGCCCAGCGCAUACAAAGGGAUGACUUCCUAGACGACCUCUAUGAUCACAUGCAUGACCACUCCGCUUAUGUCAGACAUAAGGUGCUCCAGUUUUGGAGUCGAUUGCAGCGUGAGAACUGUGUGCCAGUGACGAGGCAGCGGUCGGUGUUAGAGAGGGCCGCGGGUCGCCUCAGUGACCGCGCGGCACUGGUCAGAAAAGCCGCCAUCCAACUGCUCAAGGUUUUCCUAGAGUGCAACCCAUUUUCAGCACAAUUGAAAUUGCAACUGUUGGAAGAACAAUUGGAAAGCGAGAAGAAGAUUUUAGAAGAGCUUCAAAAGAGAUUAAACCCGGGACCGGAUCCGGAACUAGAGAAAAAAUGGGAGAAAAUAGAGAGUGACGUUACGAAAACGAUCAAAGAGAAAAUGGAUUUGUUGACACAAGACGAGCCCGAGCUGUCUCAGAGCACGUUGGAGAAUUUGUACGAAGCUAUCAGAAAGAGCGUUAAAGCAAAGGACUAUUUCAAGGCUUACUUGAUCGUCAAACACACGGAGCGACUGUAUCCCGACGCCAAGUUGAUGAGGUGUGAUAUGGAAAAAAGCGAUCAGAUCAAUUACUUCGUCGCAUUGUUGAGAAAUAUAUUCGUAAUACCAGAGAGACGGCAAUCUGUGACUCAGCAGUACGAGAACGAACAGGCUUUGUACAAGAGAUUAGAAGAAAAGGAAAGUAUUGUGGCUUUCUUAGAGGAAUCUGUGUACUUCAGUCGAACUAUAUCUGACGCUGUGCCGCUAAUAAAUUCAUUGUUGAUGUCCAAACAAGCCGGCGAUGUCAGUGAGGCGAUCGACUUCUUCACGACCGCUCAUCAUUUCAAUAUAGAAUCGGCGAAAGUAGGGGUCACUAACAUGCUCCUGCUCGUAUGGUCGCCAGAUCAAGAUAAACGCGAAGCUGUCGAGCGCGCCUACCGUGAGAUGUACUUGGAGUGUGAGGCUAAAUCAGAACGCGCGCAGGCUUUUAAUGUUGCCAACCGCCUGACGAAACUGGUGUCGCAGCUAGACCGCGGGGGGGCGCUAGCGAUGCAUCAUAUUGUAGAAAAAUGGGUCGCCAAAGGUGACGUCACACCCGCACUCAUACAGGUGUUCUGGGAAAUGUUCCUGAAGAAAAUAAAUGGUACCACAGAUAUGGACAGCUAUGCAGCGUUAUCCCUUCUCGUUAUGAUCGCAAAGGCCAAGCCCUCUGUUGCGUUGGCUAAUUUAGAAGUUAUACAAACAUACGGGCUGACGGCUGACUACAAUUCUAGGGCUCUGAGCGCCGAAUUACUGCUAUCUUUGGCCAAAAAGGAGCAGAGAUAUCCAGCGGACCACGUGUUACUGAACUCGUUAAUCGAAAGCUUGAUCGAGGUUUUCUCUAAAUUCAACAAGUUUAAUUCCUUCGCCGCUAAUAGUAUAGAUCUCAUUUACGCUAUAUGUGAUACUCCGGACAAAGUUUGCACAAAACUCUUGGCAGAAAUGUAUAGAAGAAUGGAGGACGCAGUCGUCAAAGAUAAAGAAAACGAAGACGAAGGCAGUUUCCCGACGGAACUGCUUGCGAGAUUCGUCUUCGUACUUGGACAAGUAGCGCUGCAACAACUUAUAUAUUUAGAUAUAAGUGUGUACAGUGAGCUUAGAAGAAGGAAUCAGGUGCGCGAGGAACGUAAAGUGGAAGAAAAGCGCAAGAAGAAGCUAGGCGUGUUCGCUACUCCGGCUAGACGAAGGGUUGACGACCUCAGACGACAGACGAUCAUGAACGCGAGUAACGCCAGCGCCUCCUCCAGGGGACAACGCAGCGCUAGUGUCGCAUCUAACAAGGGACCUUCGGCGAAUACCACACUAACUGAAGAAGAAGGUGUCGAAGGUGCGGUCGCUGAUGACGCGGACGCUGAAUACGUCAGAGGAGUGUGUGAGAGAGACAUAGUGGGAGACGGAACUACCCUCGGGCGGUACAUACCUCUCAUAAAGACUUUGAUGACGCACGCUAAAGCCUCGCACACACUACAGACGGGAGCGGCUCUUACAUUUACCAGAUACAUGUUAGUGUCAAGUUCAUUUUGUGAGGAAGGCCUACAGUUGAUGGUCACCGUACUGAAAAGAUCCAAGAAUGUGUCUUUAAGGAAGAAUCUUAUAAUCGCCUUUGCAGAUUUAACAUUGCGUUUCCCAAACCUGACACAACCCUGGACACACCAUAUAUAUCACAUUUUAAGUGACGAAGAACUAGAAAUCCGUCAGUGCGCUGUCAAGAUGCUGUCAUUUUUGGUUCUCCACGAGAUGGUGCGGGUCAAAGGUCAGAUCGCGGACAUGGCACUCUGCUGCGCCGAUAAAGACCCUAAGAUCGCUUCCAUGACGAAAUUAUUCUUCAAACAGUUAUCUCAGAAAGGGAACGCCCUGUAUAAUGUCAUGCCCGAUAUAAUAUCGCGUCUCAGCGACCCCGAUUUGAAUGUACCCGAGGAUCAGUAUAGGAUUAUUAUGAAAUACAUAACGUCUCUCAUACAAAAAGACAGGCAAAUGGAGGCAUUGGUUGAAAAACUAUGUCAGAGAUUCAAAUUUUCGACCGAAGAAAGACAGUGGCGCGAUCUAGCGUACUGUCUCUCUCUGUUCACAUACAAUGAGAGGUCGCUGAGGAAACUCAUAGAAAACCUUGACAACUACAAAGACAAACUACAUUGUAAAGCUGUUAUGGAGUGUUUCACUAUACUCAUGAAUAACACAUCAAAAAUGGCUAAAAAUGAGAUAAAGGCAUUAGUAACUGAAUUGGGCGACAAAAUAGAGGAAUGUUUCGCUGUGCGUGAUAAUAAUGGGGACGAGGAUGAUCCAAGAAGCGGUAGUGACAGUCGAGAGACUCGUGAUAAAGACACUGGAACUGACGUGCAACCUAAAGCAACUCCAAGACGGAAACCAGCGAGAAGGAAUAAACGAAAAUCAUCUUCCAGCCCCGACGAGAAUGAACCUCCAAAUCAAGAUACUACAACACAAUCAAUAAGAAAAUCUAGAAGAAAGGUUGCUCAAAAAACUAAAACGACUAAUGAGUCAGAGGAUUCUGAUGAUGAUGAUUUCCAAAAGAAAGAAGUUUUCAAAAAACCCGCCUCUAGAAAAGUAACAAGAAGGAGAAUUUGAAUUGUAUAAAUUAAUUUUAAUAUUACUAAUUGAACUAAAAACAUGAAAAA